AGAAACACUUAUUUAUGUUUACAUACCUUUUCAUUUUGUGGUUAAAUAAUUCAUUUAAAGGCAAAUUAUAAAUUGUACCACAACCCCUUAAACAGCUGUGAAAUAUGUAUUAGUUUAAAUAAUUACAAUUUGUGCUUGUUGUUUUUUCCAGUUGGAUGCACCUGUGCAAUUUAUAGGUAAUACCCAGCUGUUUCUUCCAUAGGAUGUGAGACAUCAUGCAUCAUCUUUUCAUCCAGUAGAUCAUAAGAACAUCAUAUCUUAUUAAACGCGCAAUGACUAUGCCUGAUUAGUUGAACCACCACAAUCGCCUCUAUCUGAGCUGUCAAAUGUGGAGGGGAGCUAAAAAUAAAUGGCCGUCACCGCCUGAACGGCGUACGGCGCGUGAAGAGAUUUAUCCCAUUGAUCUACAAUGCCAAGAGGGCGGGGCCAGCGGUGAUUGCGUCAUAAAGGAACACGAAGAUGGCUUCACGAUGCGAUACGGCAGUGCUUAGAUGCGUCAACGCUCAGCUGUCAGAACACACAUUUAUAUGAGAAGGAAGGAAGGGAGGCGAGCCGUUCAGAUUUAUGUCUCCAGCCAGUUUAUGCUGCACUUGGGUUGUUUAACAAUCUGGGACAAUGGGUUCGACUACAAAUGAAGAAUUUAAAGAGAAAUUACUAUGGAACGUCAAAAGAGAAGUGAAGCAGAUCAUGGAGGAGGCGGUGACCAAGAAGUUUGUACAUGAAGACAGCAGCCACAUUAUUGCACUUUGCAGCUCCAUUGAGGCUUGCUUAAGCCACCUGUUGAAGCGAAGAGCAGCGGGAUUCCUCCGCAGCGAUAAGAUUGCCGCCCUCUUCACCAAGAUCGGCAAGCUGAACACCACGGCGAGUGAGAUCUGCCGCAAGGUUCAAGAACAGCUACAGCAGCAGGCUGAAAUCACCAGGAGAACCCAGAGCACAGGACAGGAGACCCUCCGGAGGCAGGGGUCCUCUGCUGGCCGAGUGCCUCAGCCACUCUCUGCACAGGCCAUCAAGCAUAUAUGGGUCCGCACGGCCCUUUUUGAUAAAGUCCUGGACAAAAUUGUGCAGUAUAUUGUGGAUAAUGCAAGUAAGUAUUAUGAAAAGGAGGCCCUCAUGCACGACUCAGUGUUUGGCCCUAUACUGGCGGCACUGCUGGUUGGGCCUUGCGCUCUGGAGUACACUAAGCUCAAGACAUCGGAUCAUUUCUGGACAGACCCGUCAGCCAAUGAGCUGGUCCAGCGGCAUCGCAUUCACGGGGCCCACAGGGGUCAAGAAGUGUCGCCGGCCCGCAGGCCUGCACUUGGGAUCCGAAAGCGUCAGUCCUCAGGAAGCAUGUCUGAGGACAAGUUUGCAGCCUCGGCCAGAGAGUACGUUGAAUCCCUGCACCAAAACUCACGUGUUCACUUGCUCUACGGAAAAAACAAUGUACUCGUUCAACCGAAGAAGGACAUGGAGGUGCUGCGUGGUUACCUGUCCCUUCAUCAGACGGCUGAAACACUCACGCUGAAGUGGACGCCCAAUCAGCUAAUCAAUGGAACUCUGGGAGACUGUGACCUGGAGAAGAGUAUUUAUUGGGACUACGCUUUGACUGUGCCUUUAAGACAGAUCGUCUGCAUUCAUUGUCACCAGCGCCCGGACUGUGGGGGUACUCUGGUGUUAGUAAGUCAGGAUGGGAUCCAGCGGCCUCCUCUGCACUUCCCUCCUGGGGGUCACCUGCUGGCUUUCCUGUCCUGUUUGGAGACGGGUCUACUGCCCCGGGGUCAGCUUGAGCCCCCCCUCUGGUCCCAGAAGGGCAAGGGUAAAGUCUUCCCUAAGCUUCGUAAGAGGAACAGCACGGCCCGUUUAGUAGAUCAGGAUGGAGAUGGAGAGGAGCAGAUCGCUGCAGACUAUGUGUUUCGCAUCGUCUAUCCGGGGCACCGUCACGACUCAACAGUCACUAUAAACUACCACCACACCACGGGCAGCCGUGCGCCCUCUCUGGACGACGAUGAGGAGGAGGAAGAUAGACUUCACGCUAUGAUCUCUAUGAUCUGCUCACGGAACCUCACAGAUCCUAAUGUCAUGAAAGACCACGGGGACAUGAUGGAGAUGCAGGGUUUUGGCGGCAGCCCGUUGUCAUGGCAGCAGGGCGAGUGCACCAGUCAUAUGUCAUCUUGUCUGUCCUGCUCCACUGGGGGCAGCAACGCUUCCGUCAAGCUUCCAGCGAGCUGUACCUGCAUGCAUGACCGUAUUCCACUGAAGAUGCUGUGCCAAAAUAUGAAGAGACAGAUUGUGUCUCGAGCGUUUUAUGGCUGGCUGGCCUACUGUCGGCACCUGUCCACUGUGAGGACGCACCUUUCAGCACUGGUCAACCACAACAUUGUCCCUCCGGACAAGCCCUGUGAAGCCUCUGGAGGGCUCAGCAAAGAUGUGUGGAGUAAAUAUCAGAAAGACUGUAAGAAUUAUAAUGAGCUGGAGCUGCUGAGGUUGGUUUACUAUGGAGGGGUGGAGCAUGAGAUCAGAAAGGAAGUGUGGCCGUUUCUUCUGGGCCACUACAAGUUUGGGAUGGACAAGAAAGACAUGGCUCAGAUUGAUGAGAAGAUCACAGCAAGGUAUCAGCAGGUGAUGCGGGAGUGGAAGGCAUGUGAGGUCAUAGUGAAGCAGCGGGAGAAAGAGAUGCAGUCGGCCAUCUUUUCCAAGUUAUCGUCAGGGAGCAGUAUAGACAGCCACGUCCUCAGACUCCUCCACAGGGACUCCACUAUUAGCAACGAGGUAUUCAUGUCCGUGGAUGAGCCUGACGCGGGGGGUCACGACACCUCGUGUGAGGGAGAAAGUACUCCCACCUUAACCACUGUGGUUACCCCGGCCAUGCUAGCCCCAGACGAGAGGCCGCUGGUGGAGUUUGACUCUCCAGAUUCAGGCCUGCCCUCCUCCAGGAACUACUCUGUAGCAUCUGGACAUUCCCAAAUCAUGUCCAGCAUCGAUGACGGACAGAGCAUGGAGGAGGAUACAACACCCACUGCGGUAUUGGAGGAGCAGGGUGGACGGGACUCUCUGAGUGAGGACAAACUCUGCAGUCAGCUGGACAAACUCACAACCACCGCAGAGGGCACUGCACCAUCCUUCUCUUCUUAUACAAUUGAGCUGUUGGACACGGUGGCGCUGAACUUGCACAGAAUAGACAAAGACGUUCAGCGCUGCGAUCGCAACUACUAUUACUUCACUACCAGCAACCUGGAGAAACUGCGCAACAUCAUGUGCAGUUACGUGUGGGAACAUCUGGAGAUUGGCUAUGUGCAAGGCAUGUGUGACCUUCUAGCACCACUGAUGGUCAUUCUGGAUGAUGAGUGCUUGGCCUACAGCUGUUUCACUCAGCUAAUGAAAAGAAUGAGUCAGAAUUUCCCGACUGGAGGAGCCAUGGACACUCAUUUUGCCAAUAUGAGGUCACUAAUACAGAUCUUUGACUCAGAGUUGUUUGAGCUCAUGCAUCAGAAUGGAGAUUACACCCAUUUCUACUUUUGCUACCGCUGGUUCCUCCUGGACUUCAAAAGAGAGCUACUCUAUGAGGAUGUGUUUGCAGUAUGGGAGGUCAUCUGGGUCGCCCCUCGCAUCUCCUCCAAGCACUUUGUCCUGUUCAUUGCACUGGCCUUGGUGGAGGUGUACAGGGACAUUAUCCUGGACAACAACAUGGACUUCACUGACAUCAUCAAGUUCUUUAAUGAGAUGGCCGAGCGCCACGACGUGCAGCACAUCCUCCGAAUAGCGCGGGAGCUGGUACACAAAGUGCAGACCCUUAUCGAGAACAAGUGAGAAUAAGAGUAGGCUGCCGCCCACCGAGUCCAGCCUGGCCGAAUCUCCUUCUCUUGAUCCCAACAGCCCAAGGCUUGAGACUGGCCCGGGAUCUGCCUCGACGUCUUGACUCUUAAUAUCGUUUGCCUGCCACAGAAUGCCGUUGUGUCAGACCCUGGCGUUGUCUGCAUGCUCGUGGUGUUUGAGCACACUGUGACUGAGGUUUUUUUCCUUUCUUGCUGUACACGCCUCCAGCACACACACCGCACCGAUCAGGUCCUUUUAGAUCUGCUUUUAUAAGAAAUGGGAAGCCUCAUACAGGGGUGACAACCGUUUCCUUUCCCUAAUGGCCGCUAAAUGUACAGUAACUAUUCCACUCUUAGCAGUGACGAUGGUGUUUCUGAAAGAAAGAAAAAACGGCGUCGAGCAGUUUAGCUGAGCAGUUUUGAAUCCUCAAACGAGGUUGCGUUACGUCGUCAGCUCCCUUAAAUAAUAUCUAAGCCACGAAGAAGUCGUCCAAACAGUGUGUGACCAAAAGGACUGUGCCAAUAAUCUUGUACUAGUAUUUAAAUGCCUUGUUUUAUUGUUUAGCGUCUCUAUUGCCCCUUUUCUUCUGUACGAUUCCCUCGAUGUUUCGGAUGAUGGUGAUGAUGAUGGUCUUGGAAUAAAAGUAGUUGGCGUUGCCUUUGUAACACGUUUCACGACCUGCGUCCAUACUUCUGCACUUUGAAUCUGUCGCUCCAUGACACCCGUGAUGCUUCUGAGUGAUAGGUGUUAUCAGGGGUCACUAUACUUCCCUUAGUGUCCUAAAGUCUGGAAAGGGUCCAGGCUCUUCCACGGGUCAGAAAACUGCUUCCACGUGAUGAGACGAGUGUGACUAAACUAAUUAGUCUUUAGCGUGUCACAUUUUAGAUGCUGGUUGGCUUUGU